GGCGGUGUGAAACAAAGCACUUUGCGAGGAAUCGGACUUGGUAGGAGGGGAGAGGAAGAACUUUGGGGAGGGUGGCGGGCGAGAGCGGCAUCGUCAAGCGGCCGGCAGUGAGUGACCCGCGUGGAUUCUUCCGAUUUUCUUGGUUUCUUUUUCCUUCUCCCGUCCUGCAAAUUGGCAAAUCCGUUGGUUUUAUUUGAGAGAAGACGGAGGAUAAAAAAAGCUAAGGACACCUCAAUGAAGGAAAGAAGAGCCAGCCAGAAAUUGUCUAGCAAAUCGAUCAUGGAUCCUCAUCAAAAUGUGAAGUGCAAAAUAGUGGUGGUCGGGGAUACCCAGUGUGGAAAGACGGCUCUCCUUCACGUCUUUGCGAAGGACUGCUUCCCGGAGAAUUAUGUCCCCACUGUGUUUGAGAAUUACACCGCCAGUUUUGAAAUAGACACACAAAGGAUAGAACUGAGUCUCUGGGAUACUUCUGGGUCUCCUUACUAUGAUAAUGUCCGCCCACUUUCCUAUCCAGAUUCUGAUGCCGUCUUGAUUUGUUUUGACAUUAGCCGUCCAGAAACUCUUGACAGUGUAUUGAAAAAGUGGAAAGGUGAAAUCCAGGAGUUUUGUCCCAACACCAAGAUGCUUCUGGUUGGCUGCAAGUCUGACCUGCGCACGGAUGUUAGUACACUAGUAGAGCUGUCCAAUCACAGGCAAACACCAGUAUCAUAUGAUCAGGGUGCAAAUAUGGCCAAGCAGAUUGGAGCAGCCACAUACAUCGAAUGCUCAUCCUUGCAGUCGGAAAACAGUGUUAGAGACAUUUUUCAUGUUGCUACCUUGGCUUGUGUGAACAAGACAAAUAAAAAUGUUAAGCGGAACAAGUCUCAGAGGGCAACAAAACGAAUUUCACACAUGCCAGGCCGAUCAGAACUUUCUACAGUCACCACAGAUCUGCGAAAGGACAAAGCGAAGAGCUGUACAGUGAUGUGAAGGAUUCUGUUUCCUAAAUGGAGAUAGCAAGGACAGCGUGUUUGGGUGGGAUAUGUGAAGACUCAUGGAGACGUACGCAGUGAAAAUCGUCUCUUGUAAGGACAUGUCAGUGCUUAAAGGCCAUGGUUUACCUUCCAUAGGCAAGAAAUUGUACUUGGGGAGCCGGUAUGUAGAGGAAGCAGUGGGAAGAGAUGGAUUCUAAGGGAUGUCAGUGUUACUUGGAUAAAAUACCAAAUACGAAGGAAACUAUGUGAAUGUGUUAAAGAAGUGGAAGGAUUGGUAGCAUCUGAAGAAAUGAUGUCCUGGAGGAUGCUUAUUUUUAGAUCUAUUUUUGAAUACUGGCUUUGAUUUUGAUUACAUGCUAAAAUGUUGCUUUAAAAAAAAAAUCAAGAUAUUCCUACUGUCUUCAUUGUGAAGCUUGCCCCUUUGGGACUGUUUAGUUUUUUCAUAUGAUUCCCCUUAGUUUGUUAAAAAUAGGAAAUCUAGGUCAUCCAGAGGAAAAUACUGUGUUAAAGAGGCUUUAAAAUAUCAUUAUUUUUCUGAGAUGACUGAAAUCAAACAAAUCAGUAAUAAAAAGAGCCUUCAGAAGUUUCUAAUUAUGUGAAAUGAAGCUUACAAAUAUCUGUUAAGAGAAGUUCUCAAACUCAGAAUCUUCCUCUUUCUCAUUGUGACUGCAAUGAGAAAUUUGAUUAUGGUCUGAAAGCUUUUUUUAAAUGGCUUUUUCAUAAGGAAAUUGUAUACUAUAUGGACCGCCUAGGUUGAGUCACAAAACCUAGCAAAUGGUACCAAGAUUUAGUUAUAAAAGGUCCAUAAUUAGAAGGGAAUUUUAGUUUACUACCCUCCUGAUCAGCUCUUUUGGUGUGAAGGCGGCCAACCACCGCACCAUGCAAGGGAAUGAGUACUGUUCUGCUUUAUGACUUUUCUACACUUCUAUAUGGGUGUUUUUUAAAGUUAGCACAUGAGCCAACAUACCCAAUUAUCUCUAUUAUGAUGCAUCUCUAAAAUGGCUACAUAUGGAUGACCAUCUCUUAUUACACAUUUCUGUUUACUUGUAAUGAGCAUUCUGAGGAAGUGGGGGAGGAGGAGCCUGAAGAACAGUGGAGCCGUUAAGGGAUCCCGAGUGGAAACUGGAUAUUGCAUUAAUCCUAUGGGUCUAAUACAAGCAUAUCCAGACAGUGAUCAUUAAACAUUACUUGUGUGACCCAGAUUCUGUCAAAUUCCUUUUCACUGACUGAUGACUAUUGUUACAUCCACUAAGCCAAUCUUGAAAAUAGUUUGCAGAUGUUGUUAUGCUUUAGCAGACACAGCAGAACUCUGCCGAGGGUGUCUCUACAGCUUGUUGAAUGCAAGCAUUUUCUCAAAUGCUUCAUUUUUGAAGUAUUCUACAAAAAUUCCAGAUAUAUUGCCACCACAAUAUGCUUUUGAUUGAUGCAAUGGUGUGCUUAAGGCAGUAUUAAAAAAAAUAGCUGGCAAGUGCUUUCUGUAUUUAAGUAUUGUAAAAAGAAAAAAAUAAGUUAACUGUUUCAAAAGAACACCCAUCACUUUUUAACAAAUGUCAGUCUCUUUGUAUGUUUGGUUAUUGUUUCUGCAGUAUUUAUUUUUUUCCCUUUUAAAUAAAAAAAUGUUUAGUCGUUGGUAAAAUCUCAGUUUGUGUGCCAUUCUGCAUAGUCCACUGACUGUGUGCCUUCGUUGUAAUCCCACACAGACUAACCUGGAAAUAAACCCCACCAAACAUGGUGGGACUUUUCAGUAAA